GCUUUCAGUACGUUACACUGACAUCAACCCGUCACAGUGAUCCCUUGAUCUGGACGAACCGACUGAAGUAACACGUAGAGGGAAACCGAGCAUUUAAACGAGCCAGCGGCAGAUAACAAUACCCGCUGCCACGGAACCGCCAUUAAAUCAUCAAACCCGCGUACGAAACUCGUUUCCCGCUCUCGAUGAGAGAAAGAAAGCAUCGCGCACUCUAGCAGUUCGUCGACAAACUGCAAAAUAAAACAAAAUUCGUGGUACAAAAAAAGUAGCGAGCGCUCGCGGGUCACGUGACUCCAGCACUAGGCCUGCUGUCUGUUGUCAGUGGACGGAGAGAGAGGAAGGAACAUGGCGGCUACGAGCGACCCAAAGCGGGGCGCCGGGCGUACGUUUUGAGCAUUCCGACGUUAACCGAGACCGGGGCUCCGCGGGACUGGUGCAUCAACACCUACGCGAGAUCGACUUAACGGUGGUGCCCGAAAUCCCGGGUUUUAUGCGCGUAGGGAGCGCGCAAAACGCGAAACUGAAGAGAAUAGAUUUUUAUCCAUAAUGAGGGGGAGACGAGGCAGGCCGCCCAAAACCCUGCUGAUGCAGGAGCCCUCAUCGGGGCCGGUGCGCGGUCUGAGACCCCGUCGGAGUUUAAAGCCGAAGCAUAGAGGGACCUCGGAUGACGAUUUUGUCAGCCCUAAACGAGGAACCCAUCACCAUUCGUCGCGAGGCCGGAGGAAAGCGCGAUCCGCGGGUUCGAGGGGCAGGGGGAGAGGCAGAGGAUCGGGCAGAGGCAGGGGACGGCGCAUCGCCUCCAGCGGGGUGGUUUACGACGACCACGAAAGCGACGAAGACGACGAGGACGCGGUCAGUUUGAGGUCCGAGGAGGACGACUUCGUCGAGGAGCGUCUGUCGGAUGAUGAUGAAGAAGACGACGAGGAGGAGGCGGCCAUCAACGAUGAGUCGGACUACCUGGAGGAGCUGGUGGAAGAGGAUGAAGAUGAUGCGAGUUACUGCACGGAGAGCAGCCACGGCAGCGCCGCGGGUCGAAGAAGGCCAAGACCAAGACGGCCACCGUCUCCAAUUCUGGAACAGAAAGAGAUCCCGUUUUUGGAGUUGCCCAGUACCUCCGAAGAUCUUCUCAUUCCCAACGAGCAGCUUCUCAAUGCCUCUGCUAUUUAUGAGGUCCUUCGCAGUUUUAGCACCGUCUUGCGUCUCUCUCCGUUCAGGUUUGAGGACUUCUGUGCCGCUCUGUUAGCGCAAGAGCAGUGCACGUUAAUGGCAGAGACGCAUAUUUCUCUGCUGAAAGCUAUCUUAAGAGAAGAGGACACUUCCAACACCACCUUCGGACCCGCAGACCUUAAGGACAGCGUCAACUCCACGCUCUACUUCAUAGACGGCAUGACCUGGCCAGAGGUAGUGCGCUCGUACUGCGAGAGUGACCCGGAGUAUCACCACGUCCUGCCGGACCUGGAGGGCGAAGACUACCCGUUCAGCCCUCUGGAGAGUAAAGUCAAGGUCUUGCAGUUUCUAGUCGACCAGUUUCUCACCACCAACCUCGCCCGCGAGGAGCUGAUGUCCGAGGGGGUCAUUCAGUACGACGACCAUUGUAGGGUGUGCCACAGGCUGGGCGAUUUGCUGUGCUGCGAGACCUGCUCGGCUGUGUAUCACCUGGAGUGUGUGAAGCCACCUCUGGAGGAGGUGCCCGAGGACGAGUGGCAGUGUGAGAUUUGUGUGGCACACAAAGUGCCGGGCGCCACGGACUGUUUGACGGAGUUUCAGAAAAGCCGUCCGUACAUCCGACAGGAGCCAAUUGGUUAUGACCGGCAUCAGAGGAAAUACUGGUUUCUUAACCGGAGGAUUGUUGUAGAGGAGGACGGUGAUGAUGAAAAUAAGAAGACGUGGUACUACAGCACUAAAGUCCAGCUGGGCGAGUUGUUGGAGCUUCUGGAUAAGGAGUACUGGGAGAAUGAUCUCUGCUCUGUUCUGGAGGAGAUGAGAGAGGAGUUUCAUACUCACAUGGACAUUACGGAGGAGCUCACCAACAAGGCUCGUGGGAAUAGCAGGGCUUACCUCACUAUUGCAAAUGAUGUGAUUCUGGACCGUCUGAAGACCAAGCAGGAGGCGGAGCUUGAGGAGGUGAAACGACGGGCGGCCGAGGAGGCUCAGAAGGCCAGACAGGAAGCAGACUCAGGCUCUGGUGAACCAGGAGGUAUUGAUGAUAUGAGUCCUGCCAACGGAUCAUGUUCAAAACAAGAAUCAAGUGAUGGAAACACAACGAAUGAGGAGACAUCUGCUAACGCUACAGACGGUCAGGCUGAGGAAGAGGGUAAAACUGUAGCUUCUGAGACAGUCGCAACAUCUAAAACCGACACCCAGAGUCCCACUGGGAAUGCCAGGAGUUUGUCUUCCGCUGGGGAGGAGAAGAGUGAAGGAGUGGAUGGGGUAAAAGAGUUGGCAGGUAAAAGCUCAGAGUCUGAUGGUCACGGUGAAGGGUCUUCUGUAUUGAUGGGUGAACCUCCUGCCACAGCGGACGACAACAGCUGCAGCAGUAAUUUCUCCAUCUCUGAAUGCCUGCGAGAUCCGGAAGAACCCGACCUGGCGGACCGGUCUUCGCAGUCUUCUUUAAACAGCCAUGAAGAUGCAGGUGAUAAUAAAGCUAAUGGAGAUGGUGUAAAGACGGGAGCCUCACGCAUGGUUACGCGACUCCGCAACCCUGAUAGCAAGCUAAGCCAACGCAGGGUGAUGCAGGAUAAGGACUGCAGCUCUCAGGAUGGAAGUAAAGCACUUAAAGAGUCUUCGCCACUUUCCUUCGGCAUGAUUAAGAGAGAUUCAUCGAAGCAGGGCGUAAGCAGCAGCUUUUUCAAAUUGGGCAAUGAGGGAAAAUUCCGCGUCUACCACAACCAGUACAGCACGAACACGCUUGCGCUGAACAAACACCAGCACCGCGAGGACCACGACAAACGCAGACAUCUCUCCCACAAGUUCUGCAUGACCCCUGCUGGUGAAUUCAAGUGGAAUGGAUCGCUCUACGGCUCAAAGGCGCUGAUCGUGUCUACGCUAAGGUUGACCAUCAUCCAGCUCGAGAACAAUGUCCCUGCGCCAUUCCUGCAUCCAAACUGGGCUCACACAGGCAAGUCUCACAAGUCAAACUGGAUAAAAGCUGUUCAGAUGUGCAGCAAGGCGAGAGAGUUUGCUUUAGCGUUGGCCAUUCUUGAAUGUGCAAUCAAACCCGUGGUCAUGCUCCCGAUGUGGAAGGAUUCUCUGGGUCACACGAGACUUCAUCGUAUGACCUCUGUGGAGCGGGAAGAGAAGGAGAAGGUGAAAAAGAGAGAGAAAAAACUGGAGGAUGAAGAGACCAUGCAGCAGGCCACGUGGGUGAAGUACACGUUUCCCAUCAAACACCAGGUGUGGAAGCAGAAGGGUGAGGAGUACAGGGUGACCGGGUAUGGUGGCUGGAGCUGGGUGAGUAAAACGCAUGUCCAUCGUUUUCUCACGAAGCUUCCUGGAAACACCAACGUCAACUACCGUAAAGCCCUCGAGGCAGCUAAAAAGGGAACAGACAAUCAGGCUGCUCUCUCAGAAACACCAAAAACUUCAGCGAAAACGGAUGGAAAUUCGUCUCAAAAUGAGGCUGAAAUCGCCAGUGUCCUAAACGCAUCUCUGGAUUCUUCAGAAGCACAAUCGUCUGGGGUGAAAGAUGAUGUGUUGAAAGAUGAAGAAGUUAGCGAAAAAGUUGAAAGUAAGCCGAUUGAAAACAUUGUGGAAGAGGAGAAUGUAAAUGAAGAAGAAAAAAAGAAUGAAGAAGUGGAAGAUAAUCAUGAUGAGAAAAAUGGAUCUGUGGAAAAAAUGGACAGUAGUGCUCCAGACUCUGCUGAAAAUGAUGAUAAAGCUGAUGAUACAAAUACUUCAUCAAAUGACUCUCUUGUCAAAGGAGAGUCUUUCGAAGGCGAAGUAACAAAGGAUCGCGCUCCAAGUGAGCCCCAGAAAUCCUUCUGGUAUGAUGUUGUCAAUGUCAGUGAGGGUUUCUUGCAGCGAACGGCAUACAAAAAGAUAGUCAACGCCUCAAAACUUGAUGGCCUUUUGGAGAGGCGCGUCAAACAGUUUACGCUGGAGGAGAAGCAGAGGUUAGAGAAACUCAAGAAGACAGCUGUUUCUAAACCCUCUUCAGAAACCAAGGAGUCAACAUUAGCUGCUGAAGAACAAAAGGUAAAGAUUGAAGAAAGCAUCCCAGAAACACCAAAAACCAGCAGGACAGAUGGGGUGGCAGGCCUAACUAUACAGGAAAAAGAUCAUGUGGUCAAAAAGCUUUAUUUUAACCAGGAGGGAGAACAGUCAGGAACAAACGCUUCGGGACAGAAUAAUAACCUGGAUGUCAGGUUAAGUGACUCUGGUGUAACUAAAGAACAUCAGAAAUCGCCAGAACCAGAACCCAAAAUGGUCAGUCGAGUAGCUAUGUCUGAGCUCAACGGAAAUUCACAAAGUCUUGAUCCGAGUCUCAACUUGAAUGCUAAACCAGAUAAAACGGUUUUAGAAGGUGUAUGUCCUGCACCGGAAGAAACUGGGACUAUCAUUGAAAACAAUGAGAAUAACAUAAGCGUAAAAAAAACAAUUCCCCUACAAGUCAAUGGCAAAGAUGGCCUUGUAGACUCACAAUGUGAGAAUUUGACUGAAAACGUUAACGCCAAGGAGCUAACAAGUAGCCUUGGCGAGGAAAUCAAAGCAAUAUCACAGGUGAAGUCGCUAACAAAUGGUGACGCCACACAAGAGUGUCUUAAAGAAUGGACGAAUAGCUCAAAUCCUCAGGUGAAAUCUGAUGGAGAGAAAGGGGUUUCUGACCCUGACUAUCUACCACCUCAGAAAAUGUUGAAGUUGGAAAACACCAGCCAGGGAACAGUAGACACUUCUCUUAGCUCCAUUGUACCUGAACCUUCUACAGUAGCUUCAGAACCAAACUCAAGACCCGAGGUGCCUAGUUGUAACUCAAAGAUCGAGCCCAUGCAAGUUGACGAAGUUAAACCUCUUGUUUCUUCCCCCGUCCAAUCGGCAGAAGAAUCCAGUUUAAGCAGCGACAUCACUGAAAACAGCAACAGCGUUGGGGAGAUAACAAAAGUCGUUACUCAAGUAACCACGACUACAACCACAGUAUCUACAGAGUCCUGCAAGGUGUUGUCCUCGAAUGCCAGCCUCGCUUCCAAUAAUGGGUUAUCUGUGUCAUCAGAUUGUAAGACGGAGUGUAGUAGCACCGUCUCAACGCUCUCCUCUCAAACCACAAUGACCGUCACCAAGGUUACAAACUCAUCCCAGGGAGCCCUGGUAACAAAAGAGUGCAAGACAGUUGUCACAGAAACUCGAACAGGUCCUUGCGGGUCCUCUGUGACCUCUAUGACUGUUAGUCAUGAAUAUUCCACCAAGGACAGAGUACAACUAUUAAAGUUCUCCCGCACCAAGAAAGCACGGUCCGGGACGGCACUGCCCUCGUACCGCAAGUUUGUGACCAAGAGCAGCAAGAAGAGCAUCUUCGUGCUUCCGAACGACGAGCUGAAGAAACUCGCGAGGCGAGGUGGCAUUCGUGAAGUUCCCAUUUUUAACUACAAUGCCAAGCCGGCUUUAGAUAUCUGGCCCUACCCAUCUCCGCGACCAACGUUUGGGAUCACGUGGAGAUAUCGACUUCAGACUGUUAGGUCUUUGGCUGGAGUAAGCCUGACGCUACGACUGCUCUGGGCUUGCCUCAGAUGGGAUGAUAUGGGCGUAAAGCCCUCGCCUGCCGUAGGGACAACACGGACAGAAACAUCCGACACAGAUAUCACCACCACUGAGAUCAUCAAGCGGCGAGAUGUUGGGCCUUACGGCAUCCGUUCAGAGUAUUGCAUCAGGAAGAUUAUCUGUCCCCUUGGAGUGCCUGAUACUCCAAAAGAAACUCCGACACCACAAAGGAAAGGUCUACGUUCCAGUGCUCUUAGACCAAAAAAGCCAGAACCGGCUAAGCAGACGGGGCCUGUUGUGAUCGAAACCUGGGUGGCCGAAGAAGAUCUAGAACUUUGGGAGAUAAGAGCCUUUACUGAGAGGGUUGAGAGGGAAAAGGCCCAAGCGUCUGACCCAUCUAAGAAACGGUUGGAGCAGCAGAAACCUGGUGGCACCAGCAACACAACCACCUUAACCAGCACAGCUAAUACACCUGGAUCCACUCCUCAGAAGGUGGUAGUGGGGACCGUUGGCGGUCAGGUAACGCCAGUGCCAAAAGUGGUAAUGGCCACCAAGCUGGGCUCUCCGGUGACAUUCCAGCAAAACAAGAACUUCCAGCAGUCCUUCGCUUCCUGGGUCAAGCAGGGACAACAAGGCAGUCCAGUCUCCACCAGUUCGGUUGUGACCGUGGCGGCGAGUAGCGCCACCACGCCUGGGCAAACGUUCCACAUCACGGCUGCUGCGGGGUCCAUGGGCGGCAGCGUCAUCGCGGCUAAACUGCCUGUUCCAGCCAACAGCAAGAUAGUCACUGUGAACGUGCCAACCACGCAAGGAGGUUUGGUGCAGGUACAACAGAAGGUGGUGGGCAUCAUUCCAGCCGGCACGGCGGGCAGUGCUCAAUCAUUCCCUUCAUUCCAGCCUCGUACUACCACCAUUAACAUCAGGCCCAACACGACCACAACAACGCAGCAGGUCAUAACAACUGGGACGACUAUCAGACCCGGAAUGACAGUGACUCGUUCUCCCUUGCAACAGACCGCCACUCUUGGGAAGACCAUCAUUCGCACACCGUUGAUGGUUCAACAAGGUCAGGUGCAACAGACAGUGCAGACGGGUACAGGGAGUCCGGCACUAGGCACUCCUCCCCGCCUCUCUACACCAAUCCAACCGCAGACCCCACAAACACCCUCUGCACCCCGACCACAGCAGGGUCAGGUAAAACUCACCCUGGCUCAGCUCACGCAGCUCACCCAAGGGGCUCAGCAUGGUGGGAGCCAAGGGUUGACCGUUGUGAUUCAAGGACAAGGUCAAACCACAGGUCAGCUGCAGGUCAUCCCCCAGGGCGUGACGGUUAUUCCGGGUCCCGGUCAACAGCUCAUGCAGGCGGCCAUGCCCAAUGGCCAAGUCCAGCGUUUCUUAUUCACACCCAUGGCUCCUGUAGCGGUGUCUGCACCCGCCACACCCUGCACGACAACUGCGGCGGUCGCCCCGUCCCCGGUUGCCCCCGCCACCCCUGCAGCACCCACGCUACCAGCAGUUCAGCCUGCUCCACAGCCCCCACCUCCAACCCAACUUCCCAUCAUGCCAUCACAAAUAGCACCCACAGUCCUUACCACGGCCGUUCCCCAACCUAUCUCCUCUCUGCAGCCACGCCCUCCCACACAGCUCCGCCCUCAACCACAAGCCCCGCCCCAACUCGCAACACCAGCCCCCGCACCCUUACCUGCCGUGCAGAUGCCGCAGGUGACGGUCGCAACCCCUCUGUCGCAGGUCGCCACCCUUCCCGUAGCUCACGUGGCUCAGACCACAGUAACCAAAGUCCAGCCCCAGAUCCAGCUCCCCCCGCAGCUCCUCAGCGUCCCCGGGCUUCAGCAGCAGGUCAUCUCUCAUAUCCAGAGUCAGGUAGCAGCCCAGAUUCAGGCUCAGGUCCAGCAGGUCGGGACCGUGGCUGGAAUUCCCCAGCAGAUCAAACUGCAGCUGCCUAUUCAGAUCCAGCAGCAGGGCGGAGGCCAGGUCCAGACGCACCAGAUCCAGAACCUGGUGACAAUCCAGACGUCCAGCGUGCAGGAACAGCUCCAGCGCAUCCAGCAGCUCUGCGAGAAACAGCAGCAGCAGAAGAAGAAACAGCAGGAGGCCAAGCGGGAGCAAAGCCAGCAGAACUCGAGUCAGAGUGAACUGCUGCAGAAACAGGUGGCUCAAAAGCAGAAUGUAGCCAUUGAGCAGCUGAAACAGAAGAAAACCAUGACUCCUGCUGAAAGAGAGGAAAACCAGAGAAUGAUCGUCUGUAACCAGGUGAUGAAGUUCAUCCUGGAUAAAAUCGAUAAGGACGAGAGGCAGGCGGCCAAAAAGAGGAAACGUGAGGAGUCGGUUGAACAGAAGCGCACCAAGCAGAACGCAAGCAAGCUUUCAGCUCUGCUCUUUAAACACAAGGAGCAGCUGAAAGCCGACAUCCUGAAGAAGAGAGCUCUGUUAGAUAAAGAACUCCAGCUGCAGGUGCAGGAGGAGUUGAGGAGAGAUCUCAUCAAACUGAGGAGGGAGAAGGAGAAAGCACAGGCCGUGGCUGCACAAGCAGCUGCAGCCGCCGCUGCAUCUGCCCACACGCACGCCGGCCUCUCUACGUACACGCCGACUGUCACCUCCCCCUCAUCCGCACACAAACGCAAGCGGGACGAGGAGAGGGAUGCGGCGUCCAAGUCCAAACGGAAGAAAAUGAUCUCCACUACCUCAAAGGAUAGCAAGAGGGACAUCAAGUUAUACUGCGUCUGCAAAACGCCCUACGAUGAAUCCAAAUUCUACAUCGGUUGUGACCUCUGCUCUAACUGGUACCAUGGGGAGUGUGUGGGAAUCACAGAGAAAGAAGCCAAGAAGAUGGAUGACUACAUCUGCGCAGAAUGUAAACGUGCACAGGAGGGCAGCACGGAAGAGCUCUACUGCAUCUGCAGAACUCCAUACGACGAGUCACAGUUCUACAUUGGUUGCGAUCGCUGUCAGAACUGGUACCAUGGUCGCUGUGUGGGCAUCCUCCAGAGCGAAGCUACACACAUUGACGAGUACGUAUGCCCGCAGUGCCAGUCUACAGAGGACGCCAUGACAGUACUGACGCCGCUCACAGAUAAAGACUACGAGGGUUUGAAGCGAAUCCUGCGUUCCUUACAGACUCAUAAAAUGGCGUGGCCAUUCCUGGAACCAGUAGAUCCCAAUGACGCUCCAGAUUAUUAUGGGAUCAUCAAGGAACCAAUGGACCUGUUGACGAUGGAGGAGAGGAUACAGAAGCAUUUUUACAGCAAGCUCACGGAGUUCGUAGCGGACAUGACCAAAAUCUUCGACAACUGCCGCUACUACAAUCCCAGCGACUCGCCCUUUUACCAGUGUGCCGAGUUUCUGGAGUCCUUCUUUGUACAGAAACUAAAAGCUUUUAAAGCAAGCAGGUCUCAUAACAACAAACUUCAGUCAUCAGCCUCAUAGAAUACAGCCACAUGCUGUACUAAUAAACUUUGAACAUUAAAUUCAAGACGGAACUCUGUCCCAGUCAGUCAGCCAGCCAGCAUCUGCACAUAGUUACAGCAUUUCAUGGAAUAAUGGACAGAAAGAGCUGUGGUUUGGAUCAAGAAUGGACAGUUUACAUUUUUGAUUGUUUAUUGGGUCUUGACUGGGAUGUCCUCCAUUAUUUUCUUUUUUUGGAAUAAUUGCUUUCAAAAAUGUUUUUGUGAGUUUUUAAACCCUCCCAAAUCAUGUUCGCUUUAUCCAGGACGACAGGAGUUAGGGUGCACCCGUUGAUUUUCUUGGUGAUGUGAUUCGGCACUUCUAAAGGGGAAUGUGGGCACAAUCUGCAAAUUGGUUUUUAAGAAAUUGGGUGAAAAAAUACCUAAAAUAAGAAAUGGUGCUUUAAGAUGGCACUAAGGACUGAUGAAAAUGGUCAGAAGGUAUCCUGUUUGUAUAACUUUUCUUUUGUAUUACAACUGAAAAACUAUUGAUGUAUAUGAAACAAAUAAAUGGAGGGGACAGGAUUCUCUCCUCUACAUUA